ACAGUUUGAUCAGUUUCCUUGCAAAGUGAACAGUAAAGACACUCUUAGCUCUUAGAAAUCAUGGCAUUUAAAUUUGUGACAUUCCUCGCUCUGGUAGCAGUUGCCCAUGCCGGCGUUAUUUCCGGUCCAGCUUAUUCGUAUGCUGCUCCUGCUUCAUUGGCUUACUCGGCUCCAAUUGCCAAGACCCUGGUGGCCGCUCCUUUGACCAAGACCAUCGUCGCCAUCGAUUCGAAUCCGCAGUACUCCUUCUCGUACGGAGUCUCUGAUGCCCUGACCGGUGACCAGAAGAGCCAACAGGAAUCCCGCAACGGAGAUCUCGUCCAAGGAUCCUACUCCCUGGUUGAUCCCGACGGUUUCAGACGCACCGUUGACUACGUUGCGGACUCGCAAAACGGAUUCAAUGCCGCCGUCCGACGUGAGCCACUUGCUGUGAAAGCCGUUGCCGCUGGUCCGGUUUUGGCCGCCAAGACCCUAGUCGCUCAACCAGCUCUGGCCACCAGGACCAUUCUGUCGCAACCGCAAGCCAUUGCCGCCUACUCUUCCCCGUUGGCCACCAAAAGCAUCCUUGCGCAACCUGCUCUGACCAGCUACGUCUCUCCACUGGCCUCCCGGACCAUUUUGUCUCAGCCUGCCAUCGCUUCCUACUCCGCUCCGUUGGCCACCAAGAGUAUUAUCUCGCAACCCGCUCUGACCAGUUAUUCCACCAGUUCCCUCCUUUCCUCUCCGCUGACUACUAAAACUAUCCUGUCUCAACCAGCCUAUGCUUCUUAUUAAACGAUUUGACAUCUGUUAUCUGUUAAAUAUUGGAAAUGACAAUUUAUUUAUAAGAACAAGAAGUAGAAUUUGAAUAGAUGAAAAGUCAUCCAAAAA